AGCUGCUUCCCACAGUGAGAGUGUGGCAGUGCCUGCCUGCCCUGCUGCCAGAUCCAGGAGCCCUGUACAGACAGAAGAACACCUGUGUGCUCUGCUCCCCGAGGACACCUGGAGCCAGCAGCUGAGUUCCUGCCCCAGCUGCAAGGAGAGAGAUUCUUCUGCUUGGCUUAUGUUUGUGGCCUGGAUGGAGCCCUCCUCCACUGCCCUGGGCAAGACAAAGGAACUCAUCAGGCACGGCCGGGAGAGGAUAGAACAAACCAUCAAGGCCUCUGGCUCCAGGCUCUGCUCCUAUGCUGAGCGAGUUGUUUUUUUAAUGGAUCGUUCCCGGAGCCCAGACAAAAGCACCCAGCCCUCAACACCAACUGACAACAUCAACCUCGGACCUUCUGCUAACCCCAAUGCCAAGCCAACAGACUUUGACUUCCUGAAGGUUAUUGGCAAAGGAAGCUUUGGAAAAGUUCUCCUGGCCAAACGCAAGUGUGAUGGGACUUUUUAUGCAGUGAAAGUCUUGCAUAAGAAAACCAUCCUCAAGAAAAAAGAGCAAAAUCACAUCAUGGCAGAACGCAACGUGCUCCUGAAAAAUGUCAAGCACCCCUUCCUUGUGGGACUCCACUACUCCUUCCAGACCUCAGAGAAGCUUUACUUUGUGCUUGACUAUGUAAAUGGAGGAGAGCUCUUCUUCCACUUGCAAAGGGAGCGCUGUUUCCGUGAGCCCAGGGCUCGGUUCUACGCUGCAGAGGUGGCCAGUGCCAUUGGGUACCUGCACUCCCUAAACAUCAUCUACAGGGACUUAAAGCCUGAGAACAUCCUCCUGGAUUGCCAGGGACACAUAGUAUUGACAGACUUUGGACUCUGCAAAGAAGGAAUGGAGCAAGAGGAGACAACUUCUACCUUUUGUGGCACUCCUGAGUACCUGGCUCCUGAGGUGCUAAAGAAGCAGCCCUAUGACAGGACAGUAGAUUGGUGGUGCCUAGGAGCUGUCCUCUAUGAAAUGCUCUUUGGACUGCCUCCUUUUUACAGCCGGGAUGUGUCUCAGAUGUAUGACAACAUUCUGCACAAGCCACUACAGAUCCAAGGAACCAAGACUGUGGCAGCUUGUGACAUCAUCCAGGGACUUCUCCACAAGGACCAGAAGAGGAGGCUGGGAGCCAAAACAGACUUUCUUGAGAUAAAGAACCACGUAUUCUUCAGCCCAAUAAACUGGGAUGAUUUAUAUCACAAGAGGAUUACUCCCCCAUUCAACCCCAACGUGGCUGGCCCAGCUGAUCUGCGGCACUUUGACCCCGAGUUCACCCAGGAAGCCAUCUCUGCCUCCAUCACCCGCACACCUGAGCUAGCAGCCAGCAGCUCCAGUGCCUCAGAUGCAUUCUUAGGGUUUUCAUAUGCACCAACUGAGGAGGACAUUUAACUUUUACAAAGGCUUUGUGAAGCCAUAUUUUAAAUGAAUGGAUUUUAUGUUCGUUUUCUUCUUUUCUUUUUCCCCUUAUGAGAGGAUUUGUACUGUCCUUUGCUCAUGGUUUGAGGAAAUUGGCACUAAUACACUAACUGGCUGGGAUGGAACAGAGCUCUUAAUUUUUGCUGUUUGGUGGAUUUUCUCCCUAAAUGAAUAUUUCCCUGACAGGGAAAGUAGAGCACUGACUAUGCUUUUCCCUGGGUGUCUUGUGCUACUUGGCAGAAUUGUAUUCACUCUGGUUGUAUUCAUGGUUGAGGUAUGUGCCAUCAUUUAUAUUAACAGCCAUGUCCCUGUAACUGGACACAGUUUUGGUUUUUUUUGGUUUUUUUUUUUUUUUUUUUUUUUUUUUUUGUUUUUUUUUGGUUUUUUUUUUUUUUUCGUUUUUGUGGAGGUAUGCUCAGCUAUGUCCAAUGUCUUUCCCCAAGUCCUCAACAGAAAAGAAAACUCUUCACAUCACUGUGAACAGUGGCUUCCUUCCUCUUAGUGAGCUCUGUCACUCAAGCUGCUCAUCCUGGGCUGAGUGAAAAACUGUUCAUCAGUUAUUGCUCCAAAGGCAGCUGCAGGUCUGUAAAUCCUGAACUGCACUGUGCCUUUUCAUGCCAGUCUGAUCCUCCUCAAUGUGAGUGGAUCAGUGGUCCAGGACUGGCAUGCUACUUAAGCAACAAUGAGGCUGUGAUGGAGGAGCCCGUGUGUAGCAGGAAAAUCCCAGAUCUCAGGGGGGUGGGGAAAGAGGGAUGCUUGGAAAAAUAAAAAUAACUUUACAGAACUCUGGGUGGGGGUGCUUUCACAGCAUGUGCUUGACUUGCACUAGGCACACCAACACUACUGAGCUGAGCACAGGGCAGUGAACAGCGAGUGGCGGCCAAGUUCCAGGCUCCAGCACUCCCUGAAAAUGCCCAUCACUGAUGUGGAACAGUUAUUUAUUCUGCCUUAAUUUAAAUGCUGGUGUAUUAAUUGAAUGUCCCUUCCCACUUUCUUUUUUUUUUUUUUUUUUUUUUAAGCUGUUCUGUUGCUGUGGGGAGGAGAGGGGGAUAAGCAAGGGGCUUUCUAAAGUUGUCAUGCUCAUGCUGUGGGGAACCUUGUGCUGGUGCAACUGUAUUUUUUUUGUUUUUUUGUUUUUUUCUUUUUGUGAAUGCUGAAGUCAUUGGAAACAUGACAUGGUUUAUAAUAAAGUU